GGGAGAGCCUGGGCGAGUGUCUGACAGGCACUGGCUGUCCGUAGCCGCUGAGCUUGGGGCAUCUUGUCCCCGGUGUGUCCGGGAUGGAGCUGGGUCGGCUGGAGUACCUGCAGGCCCUGGUCACCGAGUUCCAGGUGACGGACAGCCCAGAGGCCAAGGAGCAGGUCCUGGCCAACCUGGCCAACUUCGCCUACGAUCCCAAAAACUACGAAUACCUCCGUCAGCUCCAGGUCCUGGAUCUGUUCCUUGACGCGCUCACCGAAGACAACGAAUCCCUGGUGGAAUUUGCCAUUGGAGGUCUUUGCAACCUGUGCCUGGAUAAAACCAACAAAGACUACAUCCUGGAGGCAAACGGGGUGGAGCCCAUCAUCAACUGCCUCUCCAGCUCCAACGAGGAGACAGUCAUGUCAGCUGUCACCACCCUGAUGUACCUGACCACCACACAGUCGCGCCAGCAGACGACAGCUCUCCCUGUGGUGGAGUGCAUGCUUCGCUUCUCUCUCUCAGCCAGCAGGAGACUAAGCAACCUGGCAACCAUCUUUCUGGAGGAUUACUGCACUCCACUGCAAGUGGAAGAGGCCAAGAAUCUAAGCAAACACACAGCGGUGGGGAUUCCCCUCCCCAAGGACUGAAGCUGUCAGAGCAGCGUGGAGCUGUUUUCCCAGGCCUCUGCUUUCUGCUCAGCAGGGCAAGACUGUGUCAAAAACAACACUGAAAAGAGAAAUUGGUCAUGCCAGCACUGGUUUUAGUUAAUAAAGAGGCUGGUAUGGCACUACCAUGUCAGGCCAAGCACACAGCUAAAACUGCAAGCAAGUAUUUAAAACAAAACAGAUCGUGACAGGUUGCCAAGUACAGCCUAGCACCCAGCUUUGACAAAUAACCCUUCCCAGAAACUGGAGGUUUUUCUGCUUAGGUUAUUGGGCAGCUUAUAUCCAGCUCCAGUUCCUGGCUGGUCUUGCUGCAGCUCUCCUCUUCAGUGUCAACUCAAAUGACUUUGCAAUAUCACAUAAACUGUUCUUCCUGCUCAAGAAAGAAGGUGCUUCCCUGCCAUGGCAGUUUGCAAUCUCACUGUGCCCCUCUGGUACUAAAUACUCCAUCCUAUCAUCAUGGCAUAGGCAUCUAGCUAUUAAAUCACCACACAGGGCAGGUGUAGCCAUCCCAUAAAUUGGAAGUAGGAAGCUGUUUUUAUUUCAUUACCAGUGGUGAAAAAGGUGAAGAUUUUUAAAAAAAGGCUCAUGGUAUUCUGGCUCCUAAGAACCACUGUCUUGUAAAACCUUCCCUUAAUAAAACAUUAACUUAAGUGCUGUGUAAA